UUUGAGUCCAGCGAUAUUGUCACACUGGCAGGUUCUCAACAUUUUUUUUUCAACCUAGUGAAAAAGGGAAAACUUUUUUGGUUUUUUAUCAAGGUGAAGUGUGAAUAUUAGAAACUGUGACGGUGGUCGCGGUAAAUCGAUUGCCGCAUUUUCGAUCGCAUCCAGCGCAGAAGUCUGUGCCGGAACGUUCCGCCGGAAUCGAAGGGUUAAAGUGCCACGAGACGUCGGCAAAGAACGGAGGAAUACUUGGGAAAAUUCGAAAAAUGCGUGCUCCCGGUGGGGAUGUUAAAUCAAUAGUGGUGCUGGUGGCACUAGUGGCGCUCCUUUCGUCACCACUGGAAGUCCUUGGCCGGAAGCAUCACUUGGAAGUCCGCAAUGACAGGCGCCAGUACAUCGCACUCAGCACCUUUGGAUUUUAUACCAAUGGGCACUUGGACGUGCAGCUCAGCAAGCUGACGAUUGACCUGGAACAGCCCACGGAUUUGCUGGGCCUGUCGUUGGACAAGACAACCAUUGACCAACUUAACCCGUACCUGGAUUCACAUCAAAACAAAUGCAUACUGGAGGAAUCACCCAAAUCGCAGUUAAACGGACCCAUUCUGUUUUUCGUCCUGGACCUUAAAGAACUAAAAGUUCGCGUGAAGUGCUCACCUGAAUGGGCCAACCAGCACAUCAAUAAUCAAAUACCUUCCAGGACCAAGCGAAAUUCGCGCAUGGCCAAAAUCAGUGAUUCAGUCUUGUUCAGACAAACUCGUGAUGCCCAAGCCUACUCCGCUGAGGGCCCAGAUGAUUCUAUGGAGGAUCCUUUGGAGCAAGAACCGGCUGAUUUGAAGUCAUCUUCGCCUGCUGCGGUGGCCGGUAAGAUUGAGCUGCCCAAAGAGGAUGUGGCUCCUAAGGCCGACAACCCUGCACCGAAAGUUGAGUCUCCCAAAGAGGGAGCUGACACCAAACCCGAAGUUGCUGCCAAUUUGAAUGCUUCUGCCAAACAGAUAGCUCCUCAGCCAGAGGCUGUCCCUAAAGCGGAGGAAGUUGUUAAGAAUGAACCGAAGCAAGAGGAUGUACCAGCUAAAAAGGAGGAAACCCCCGCCAAACAGGAUGAAGCCCCAACAAAACAAGUAGCUGAAGAUGCGCCCAAAGUUGCAGCCUCACCACCGGCAGUGAAUUUCCCACCAGCUGCUCCGGCUCAAGAUGACACACAAGUGGAGAAGAAGAGUGAAGAAGCGGAAUCGGAUGAAGCUCCAGCAAAUCCUUUCCCCCACAGUGUCGAUUCCGACGAUUUAAAGGAGCCCAAUUCGUUUAAACAAUCACAGGAACUCUUGUGCAUGGAUUCGACCAUGCCGCUUGUCAAGGAGACCAUUAACAAUGUGAACUACUACAGCUUUAACUUUUCCAUGCUGGUGACUAACCCCCGCGAUGAGGGCCUGUAUAACCUUUACUUCCACGCCUGCCCCAAUUAUCACAGCUCCAGGAUUAUGUCCUUCAAUGUGGACAUUGAGGAGAACAACAAUGGAAACUAUUUAUCAGCUGGAGAGAUGCCGUUGCCAGCCUUGUACUUCAUGAUGAGUCUGCUAUUCUUUCUCUCCGGUCUCUUCUGGGUUUUCAUUUUGAAAAAGAGCAAGCAUACUGUGUACAAAAUUCACUAUUUGAUGGCCGUGCUGGUGUUUCUUAAGUCUCUUUCGCUGAUGUUCCACUCGAUCAAUUAUCACUUCAUCGAGAAACGAGGCGAGCACGUUGAGACUUGGGCCAUUCUCUACUACAUUGCCCACCUGCUCAAGGGCGCCGUUCUCUUCAUCACCAUCGUGCUGAUUGGCACUGGCUGGACUUUCAUUAAGCACAUUCUUUCUGACAAGGAUAAGAAGAUUUUCAUGAUUGUGAUUCCGCUGCAGGUUCUAGCCAACGUGGCUCAAAUAAUAACAGACGAAUCUGACCAGAGUGACGCCGAAUUCCGCACUUGGCAUAACAUUUUCUUCUUUGUGGAUCUGCUGUGCUGCGGUGCCAUCCUGUUCCCGAUUGUAUGGUCCAUCCGGCACCUGCACGAGGCCUCCGCGACAGAUGGCAAGGCGGCUAUCAAUUUGCGCAAGCUGAAACUCUUCCGUCAGUUCUACAUCAUGAUCGUGUGCUACAUCUACUUUACGCGGAUCAUCGUCGACCUGCUGCAGAUGACGGUGGUGUUCCAGUACGCCUGGCUAGACGAGAUGUUCCGUGAGAUGGCCACAUACGUGUUCUUUGUGCUUACGGGCUACAAAUUCCGUCCGGUAUCUUCGCAUCCAUAUUUCACCGUGCCGGACGAAGACGAGGACGACGACGAGGUGGAGGUGCUCACCGAGUCCGGCCUCACGGAGACGGUACACCGUGUGAAGCAGCUAAAUCGAAAUCAUGGCAGCGGCUCUGGCGGAAUCACCAUCAUCGAGGGCAACGACGAUGAGCGCGAGAACCUGAUUGCGAAGCGGGAAUCAAGCCAUGAGUACGAUUAGGCCAAGCAACUGAAGUCAAUCGUUCUGCAUCACCCAUAUUCCCUGCAUUAGUCCGUAGUCUGUAGUCCCCGGGGUCUUAUAUGUGACACAUAUUGUGAGCCAGAAGCUAGUACUUUACCUAUACUUUAAUAUCUAUGUUUUAUGUUCGAGUAUCUUACGAAAAAUCAAAAAGAAAAAAUACAAAUGCGAUGGCAAUGGAGGGGAUAAUCUCAGUAUGUAAACUUGUAUAGGGCAACGUCGGCACAACGUUUGGUGGGCACCAACUGCUCCUCCUCCACCUCCUCCUUCUCCAGCGCCCGUCCAGCCGCCAGCCAAGGUAUACUUGUAAAUAAAUAACUAAGGAAUCCGCUUAACGGAAUACUGAUCGCUUGUGACACCCAGGCCCUACCUUUGGUUUAAGAUAUACAUAGAAAUAAAUACACUUAUGUAAUUACGUAUAAUUUUAUGAAUAUAACAAAGCUUUAAUAUGUAAACCCAA